CCUCGUCCGGUGGGGAAGGGUCGCGGAGAGAGUCCCGAGUCCCAGGGAUGGAAGCGAAUCUUCCCUCCGUAGCCCGGCAGAUCCCGCACGGGACUUCACGUCCAUUCGCUACGAGCCGGAGGACCUGAUCCGAGCUCCCACGCUGCGACCAAUGGCCGCUCCAUCCCGGUACAGUACAUGGCCACGGCCAUGGCGGGCCGCUGGCCGCCGUCACAGGGUCGCGACUCGAACGUCAGUGUUCUUGACUCCACGCUGCCGCGACCAGAUUCGCUACGACCACGAGAGGGGCUGCUGCUGCUGAUGCUCCUCCUUCCUCCUUCCUCCUGCCCAGAGCUCAGCGAGUGACGAGGAGCUGAUUCUCCAGGUCCUGCUCGUUUCUAGAUAUUUGUAAUUGCGGAGGCGGAAAGAUACAGAGUGGCUGGUUCGGGCCUGCUUCAAUUCUUCUCAGGAAGAUCGAGGAACGACGGUCUAUGCGAGGGGCCGAAUUUUCGUCGCCAGCUAUCGAGGUGCUAUGUCGCAGCGACUAGUGGUGCAUCCCAUGACGUGCCCAGCGAGUGCGGUGGCGCGAGUGGGUGGAUUGGGCGGGUAUGCGACGUCCGGGACGAGGUUGCAGAGCGCAGCUCGGAGUGGAGCGACGGUAAGGCAGCCGCGGGAGCAGGGAGCGCUGUGUCGCGUGCGUGCUGGGAACUCUAGGCAAGGGAGAUUUGUUCCGAAUCUCGAGCUUGUGCAGUCUCGGAGGCGGUCUGUGCGGCGCACUUGUGCAUCGCUCGGCUUUACUGCGGAUCCUCGUAUCGGAAUCGAGAGAGCAGCUAAUGGGUUGCUCAAAGACGCCGCCAUGCUUCUAGUUUACCAGGAUGUCUUCAGAAGCCCACCAGCACAGGCUUUCUUGAAGGUUCUGCUUGCCCUCCGGAGGGGAGAUGAUGGAUUGAAGCUUUUGGAGUCCUAUGGAGAGUUUUUCAAGUUGAUGGCUAUUGGUCGCUAUCCCAGCUGGGAAGAUUACAUUCUGGAAGGUAUACUUGCUGGAGAAAACAACCCUUUUGUGGAAGCAGCUGCCAAUGUCGGGAACCCGAAAAGUGCUUGGUCAGGCGGCGUUCCUCCUUCUUUGCAGGCUGCUGCUGCUGCUGAUCUUGACAGUCUUCAACGUCUCAGUAUCACCGAGUCGACCUUGAGUGGCUGGGUGGCAGAAAUGGUAACGGAUGUGAAACCCGAAUGGCGAACUGCUGCUGCGUCAAACUUCAGCUCCAAAAUUAUACAUAAGUCUCCGGCGUACGCAGAGGAAGGAAGCAAUACCUUCGGCUUCAAUUUAUCUGAGGAAAAGCCGGAAGCCGAACCAUCAGCGGUAGGAGUGGACCAAGUGAAGAAGUCAGUAUCUGAAGAAGCUGAAGGCAUCGAGUCUGCUCCUGGUCGUUACUUGAAAACGAUUCAUACCUUUCUGGAUGAGGAUAGAGAGAGGUGGAGGAAGAAAAUUGGAGGGCUUUGGAGGUGGUCUGAAGCUGUUCCUUUGUUGGAGAAGUAUUAUGCCGAUCACAGCGUUGGACGGGUUGCGUCUACUCAAUAUUUGCAGUGGAGAGCUGGAAAGCUUAUGCUAGAUACGAAGUGGGUUGUGAAAACAACAACUGCAUGUGAUUUAAGCCUCAACAGAGAAAAGAAAGAGAUCCUAUUGAAGAACCUGACGAAACAUGCUCAUAGACGUACAGCCCAUCACGUUCUGCUGUACGGUCCUAGUGGGAUUGGAAAAACUUGGCUUUUGAGAUCAGCACUGAGCGAAGUCACCAGUAUUAAAGAUCUACGGAUUGUGACGCUCCCUGUUUCUGAGUUGAAGAGUAUCUUUGCUGUUCUCGAAGAACUGGCAAGGCAUUGGAGACUUCGAUUUGCCCUUGUGGUGGAUGAUUUAUUUUCGCGGGGUGGAGAGGAAACCUACACGCUUUUAAAAUCUGCUUUAGACGGGAAUUCACAGGAAUGGCCGGAAAACGUCUUAUUAUGUGGUACGAGUUCAAGGAAAGUGGCUAUACAAGGGAAAGACGGUGUUGCCGGAUAUGGAGAUCUGUCACAUCUGUUUGGUUCUACGUUAGAGUUUGCAGACCUUGACGAAGUUGAGUACGACACAUGCGUCAAAGAAUUAUUGGAAAACCGAAUAGCCAACACCUCUUUCGAUACAAACAUGUCCCGAGAAGAAGUAGUUCAACAAGGAAAGGCAUGGGCUGAAAAUAUCAACGCAAGGAGCGUCAGAUCAGCAGCCCAUUUUGUAAAUGCCCUAGAGUAAACCAUCACGUAAAGUUUUUUAAGUACUUGACUUUUGUUUCGGACACACGAAUGAAUGGAAUUGUCACUAAGGCUGACCGAAAA